AUGUCCGCGUUGAGUAAGUGUUUCUAUCAGGCGACUGCGGGUCGUUCCUGUCGUGAUCUGUGCCACCCAGAGUACCGGACCUGCUGGCAGUCGUUUGUCGGGAUCACCGGAAGCUUGCUGCCGGGCAGCUUCAAGCUGUACCUAACGUUGCUGGUGAUUCCUCCCCUGGUAAAGGGGGGCGGUUAUACGGCCGAGUACUGGAAGAAUCACAUCCUGGGGUACGCAGGAAUCUCUAUCAAAACCUACAUUCAAGCCAUCAGCGGGCUGACGCUGCAGUGUCUGUUCUACCACAUGUUUGGACGGCUGCACUACUACCUGCUGAUGGGCAUCCCGGGACUCGUCAGUGCAGCGCUCGUCCCGAAGCUUCCGAAAGUCCAUCUCCGGCUGCAGGGCAUCACCUACUUCAACAUGAUGCUCGAGGUGAUGAUCAAGAAGAGUGGCCUGGGCUGGGUGCGAACACUGCGCCACUCGAAGGUCUGGGCGACGGGCUGCUUCAUGGUGUUCAGUGCGGCCAUCAUGCACGUGCUGCGGGCCGGCACCGCCAAUCAAUUCUGGAUCAUGUACCCCGCUCGCGAACCAGUCGGCGAACCAGCUCCUUCGCUCCGAGGGCCGUGCCUGCACGAAGAGCCGUGCGUUUGGUACAUACUCGAUGGCACGUGGAAGUACGCGCUGGUAGGCCUCACGAUCGAGGCGGCACACGUGCUCGUGUCCAACGGGCUGGCGCUCCUCAGCCAGUCGCCGGGCGGCCGCUGUCUGGACGAGCUGCGCAACUCGAUCGACGGUGCGUUGAUGCUGUUUCUGGCCACGUACGUCAGCUGCUACCGCGGUAUCAGCUGCCUACUCGCGCGCCGCGCCGGCCAGGAGCAUCCCACGCAGGCCCGGGUGGCGGGCCUCCUGAGCGGGGCCGCCUAUCUGCUGUACCCGCGGUAUCAAGUCUUUACGCUCGGGUUUACCAAGUUCUUGGAGAUGGUGUGGGAACAUCUGCUCAGCACGGUCAGCGUGCGCCCCAGGUGGAUGGUGCUGCUCGCGGGAGUUCCCUGGCUGCGCCUGGUGCACAUGGUGUCCAUCGGGUACAUGUACCACGCGCUAGUGUUCCAUUCGCACCUGUCACCGGCGUUCAACUCGAAGUGUGUCAACUACUGCUCGAACUUUCGCGUCGAACGCAUCAAGCGACGGCUCGUCGGAUGGAUGCUCGAGAGCUCCUGGCACCAGAAGGGGGGCUGCUGA